AUGAUGACAAAUAUAGAAGUUGAUAAUGAUCAUGAAUUAGACGAAAUAAUUCGAGUCGAAACUCAGACAUGUCAAAACGCUUCUCUUUAUGACCAAUGUUCAUCCAAUGUUGCAUGUGGUUGUCUUCAGUCGGCUCAUACGCCUAAUGAUGGCAUUUGUUCUUAUCUGUAUGUCUCAUGCUCUGAAUUGAGUGCAUGUGCAGUCGAUAAUCGAACAUGUUGGGAACCUGAACAUGAAUGUGUAACACAUCCACAUUGUCAUACUGGUCCAUUGUGUUAUCCAUUGAACAUGGCCACACAAACUGUAUGUCCACCUAUAUUGACGACAACAAGUAAUCCUUCAUUACCUCAAGACGGAAUAUGCGCCGAAGCAAAAUGGAAUCGAAAUGGUGUUAUUAUAGCUGGGGGAAACUAUGGGUCUGAUCUGAAUCAACUCAUGGCUCCUCAUGGUAUGUUUGUUGAUGAUAAUGAUACGAUCUAUAUUGCAGAUGGUGCAAAUCAGAGAAUAGUUAAAUGGGUGCCAGGGGCUAAUAGUAGCCAAGUAGUAGCCGGUGGCAAUGGAAAAGGUAACAAUAGUGACCAGUUUGAAUUUGUAACAAAAGUUGUUGUUGACAAAAAUGGAACCAUGUUUAUAUGUGAUACUUAUAAUCAACGAGUACAACGAUGGUUUAAGGAUGCUAAUCAUGGAGAAACAAUUGUUGAUGAUAUUUUAUGUUAUGGAUUAGCAAUGGACAACGAAGGAUCUUUGUAUAUCUCCGAUCAGAUUGAGAAUAGCGUAGUAAAAUUGCCCGGUAGACAAAUAGUUGCCGGUGGAAAUGGAAAAGGAUUUGAUAUAAAUCAAUUAAAUGAUCCCAAGCAUAUAUUUGUCGAUCGGGAUAAGUCAGUAUAUGUGGCUGAUAAUUUUAAUUAUCGAGUGGUGAAAUGGCCUGCUGGUGCUGAAGAAGGCAUUAUUGUGGCUGGUGGUAACGAACAAGGAGAUGAUAAGAAUCAAUUGAGUUCACCACAGUCGGUGGUCGUGGACGAUUCGGGCACUGUCUAUGUUCUUGAUUAUGGUAAUGAUCGAGUAACGCGUUGGUUUAAAGGUUCUACAUCAGGCAAUAUUAUCCUCGGUCGAUCAGGAUGGGGUGAUGACACAUCUUAUGUAUAUCGUGCAAAUGAUUUGGUAUUCGAUCGUCAUGGAAACUUGUAUGUUGUCGAUAAUUCGAAUGUUCGCAUUCUUAAAUUUACUAUCGACAAAAGCGCUUGUCUAACAGAAUGA